AACGUCCCCUAGUCAUCACAUUUUCUACAUGCAAACCAAACUUUCCCUUCUUUUCCUUUAUCAUUUCUGCUAUUUUUCAGCUCCCAGAUAGUUAACAUAAACAAAUAGCAAUGGCUAUUCGCUUUCCUGCUAUUGCAUAUGCUAAGCAGAUAUUUCGCCGAUCAAACUUGCUUCCAAAUCAAUCUGCAUCUAAUUUUACAGAUGUUCCCAAAGGCUACUUGGCAGUAUGUGUUGGAGAAGGCCAAAAGAAGAGAUUCACAGUUCCAGUAUCACUGUUGAAUAAGCAUUCAUUUCAAGAAUUGCUGAGGAAGGCUGAGGAAGAAUUUGGGUUCAAUCAUCUAAUGGGUGGUAUCACAAUUCCCUGCAGAGAAGACAUCAUCUUACUUCACGUUUGAACAGAUCAUGAUAUGAAAAUCAUCAAACACA